UGGGGUGGAGGGGGCCGUCGAGGGUCGGCGCCCUCAGCCGGGGCAGCUGCGGCCCUCCGGACCGGCCCGGACGGGGCCAGGCUGGGGGCCUCCAUGGGGUCGGCGGGGGUCCUGGGCCGCCUCCUCCUGCGGGCCCUCCUUUUGCUGCUGGGCCUCCGCCAGCUGCCCCCGUCCCUCCACCUCCGGCGUUCGGAGGAGACGGCGGUGGUGGUGGUGCCCCAGAGGGUGACACCCCGAGGCCGGGCCGGGGCGGCCGACGUGCCCGGGGCGCUCUCCUACGUCCUGCCCCUGGACGGCCAGAGCCGCCUGCUCCGCCUGCGCCCCAAGAAGCUGCUGCUGGCCCCCCGCCUGCCCGUCUUCACCUACACCGAUGGCGGGGCCCUGGUGCGGGACCAGCCCUUCGUCCCCGACGACUGCUACUACCAUGGCUACGUCGAGGGGACCCCGGAGUCCCUGGUGGCCCUCAGCACCUGCUCGGGGGGCCUGCGGGGGAUGCUGCGGGUGGGCCCGCUGGUCUACGAGAUCGAGCCCCUCCCGGCCUCAUCUGGCUUCGAGCACGUAGUGUCCCGUGCGGGGGACGGGGAGGGGGAGGCGGGCCCGGGGCCCCCCGGCCAGCGGUGCGGGUUGACGGGGGAGGAGAUGCGACGGCAGAUCUCAGAGAUCGGGGGGCCGGUCGCCCCGCCGGGCCCCCCGGAGCCGCCCGACGCCCGGUGGUGGACGCACGGCCGCUUCCUGGAGCUGGCCGUGGUGGUGGACAACACGCGCUUCGACCUGUCCGGCAGGAACCAGACCCGAGUGCUGAAGCAAGUCCUGGAUGUCCUCAACCUGGUGGACACCCUCUACCGGCUGCUGGAUGUGCGCGUCUAUCUGGUCGGCCUGGAGAUCUGGACAGACGGCAACCGUGUCGACGUGACGCGUGGCAUCGGGAAGGUCCUCGCCGACUUCAACGCCUGGCAGCGGACGCACCUGCUGCCGCGGUUCUCCUACGACUCCGCCCACCUGAUCGUCAACCAGCCCUACGGCAUCACCCUGGGCCUGGCCUACGUGAAGACCAUCUGCGACAACCGCUACGCCUCCGCCGUCCAGUCCUUCUUCGACUACCGCCUGCUUAAGCUGGCCGUCGUCUUUGCCCACGAGCAGGGCCACAUCUUUGGGAUGACCCACGACACGGCCGGCUGCGUCUGCGAGCGGGAGAAGUGCAUCAUGAACGAGUUCAACGCGGACACGGAUGUCUUCAGCAACUGCAGCUACGGGGAGUUCGUCGAAGCGACGAGCAAGCAGGGCCGGUGCCUGACCGACGUCCCCAGGCCCGCCGAGCUCGUCACCAUCGAGCGGUGCGGGAACCGGGUGGUGGAAGGCGGGGAGGAGUGCGACUGCGGGACGGUCGGGGAAUGCCGGGAGGAUCCCUGCUGUCAGUUCAACUGCCGGCUGCGGCCCGGGACCACCUGCGCCGCCGGGGGAUGCUGCGAGAGCUGCCAGAUCCUCCCGCCGGGGCGGCUCUGCCGCCCGCGGGCCGGCGACUGCGACCUGCCCGAGUUCUGCGACGGCGUUUCGGCCCGCUGCCCCGCCGACGCCUACAUGCUGGACGGCACCCCGUGCCAGGAGGACUCCCUGUGUUUCGAGAACAUCUGCCACGGCCGCGACAGGCAGUGCCGGAACAUCUUCGGCCCGGGGGCCAGGAGCGCCUCGCCGGGUUGCUUCCGGGCAGUGAACAGGGAGGGCGAUCGGUUCGGCAACUGCGGGAUGGAGAAGGGCGGCUACCUCAAGUGCGCCGAGGACCACGCCCUCUGCGGGAGGGUCCAGUGCGAAGACGUCCGGGAGAUCCCCCUUUUGGAGGAGCACACCACCGUCGUCCAGACGUCCUGGAACGGCACCAUCUGCUGGGGGACCGAUUACCACUCGGGGCUGAACAUCGUUGAUGUCGGACACGUGCGGGACGGGACCAUGUGCGGUCCCCGGCAGAUGUGCCUGGCCAGGAAGUGCGUCGACAUCUCUGCCUCCUUGAGACACGACUGUGACCCGGCCACGUGUCACGGGAGAGGGGUGUGCAACAACUACCAGCACUGCCAUUGUAUAUACGGCUGGGGGCCCCCCCUCUGCGACGUCCGAGGUUUCGGUGGCAGCGUCGACAGCGGGCCCGCCCCGGCCCGGCCCCGGAAUGAUUUCUUCAUCCUGCUCAUCAUCCUCUGCCUCUCUCUCCUCUUCCUCGUCUCCGUGGUUUUACUGUGCGUGAGGUUCAGACCCUGGUGCAUGGCUAGGCUGAUCCACUAGCUCCCGCCGAAAGAAAGAAGACGCCCCCCCGGGCCGAACCCUCUCACGGUCAGACCGUCCCAAGCAAGCCUUCGUUCGAAGAGGGGGGCAGACCCUCCAGGGCUUGAACGGCUGGGGUGUUUUCAGGCACCCGGACGUCCCCCCGCCCCCACCGAGAGCUGGGCUUCGCAGGUAGAGAUUGAGUGUAUAAAUGUCAUCGCGUUGUUCAGGUGGCUUUUUUUUUAAAAAAAAAAGAAACCAAAAGAAACCCCUGUGAGAGCAAAUUUACUUUCUCCGAUCCACCAUAAAUGCAAAUAAAAGUUGUGUCGCCUUGAAUGAA